UUAAAUUUUGCUCACGCGCUCCAUAUGAACCCAUUCACUUUGGACUCCCUCCGGAGCGCCUCUGGAGGUCAAACAAACAAACCUGGAGGAGAUCCGCCAGAGGGUGAUCUGCUCUUUAUUAAAGAUCAUUUGAUUAAGCGGCCAUUAGACAGCAGCGAGGACCGACAGCUCAGCUGGAUAGUCGGGAUUCGUUAAAGCUAACUGAGCCCCUCCGGAACCGGACUCUACGUUUGAAAGCGGUUCUGCACCGCGGCUGCACCGAUUCAAUCAGAACCCGGAGUGCAUUUCCUCAAUACCUGCCAUCAUAGAGGCUAUCAUGAAGAUAGGACUCCUGAUCAUUCUGUUAGUUUACCUCUCAGAAGUCCAGCCCAAGAAAAUCACUUAUAUUAAUGCAGAGGUGAACAAACCUGUUUAUCUCCCAUGUGAGCUUAAUUGCUCUGGUUUUGCUAAGUGGGUCCGCUAUACCUCCAUCCAUGAUAACGUUGCUGACGUUGCUGACUGCGACAAAAAGACAUGCUGGAUUAAGGACCCUCUUCGGAUAAGUUUCCCCUUUCAAGGAGACAGAACAACAGAGAACAAUUCGCUGCUUAUCAACCCCGUGAUCUACAAUGACCAAGGCAGAUACAGGUGCAGCUGUGGGGAAAAAAAAGCUGGCGUAAAACUAAAUGUCUUUGUUCCUAUGGUGGUGAAGACUCAUGAGCGGGAGAAGGUCUCUCUUCCGUGCUAUGGAGACACUCGCAGGGAUGCCCGGGACGUACAGUGGAAAAAAGACACACAACUGGUUCUCCUGUACAAUCACGAGAAUGGGGAUGUGACUCGAGGUAAAGGCUUUGAAGAUGGAUUCUUUGUGUCUCCUGAAGCUUUUCAAGAUGGGGAUCUCUCCCUCCACAUCAGUUCAGUUCGCCAGUCAGACGCAGGGCUGUAUGUGUGCAAAAUUCACGGUGAAUCAACCGAUGGAGAACCACGUGCUGUCCUGCUGAUCGUGGAAGAGUCAGGAGGGCUUGGAGUGUUAUCCAUCCUUCUUGCUUUAAUCAGUGGAGCACUGGGUGCCUUUAUUAUAUGGCUUUGGAGGAAGAAGAUUAUUUCCUGGCAGGUCAUCAAAGGUCUUUACCGUAGAAAAGCACACAGAGAGCAUGAUCCUGUUCAGGAAGAAAAUCCACUUGCACAUCUGCCGAAGUCUACAACCACACCAUUUGUGCAAGGACCUGAGGAAUGAUAAAUAUGGUUUAAACUCCAGGCAAGCCUGAAGAUGGAAUAGAUUAAUAUAUAGACUACGGCUGGACCUGUAUUUAUGUAACUUAAGUUUUUAUUAUGUUCCACUAUGAUCAGGAGCGUGCAGCUUGCCAUCAGCUGCCAGAGCCAUGAGAGAGCACAAUUGGCCUUGCUCUCUCUGGGUGGGUAGAUGGCACUCUUACCUCUCAUCACAAAGUGUCUUAUGAGCUGAUGUAUCAGAACUGAACUGCUUUUCUCAAAGUAUGCAGUAAUGCUACUCAGCUUUUUAAUUACUGUAUAUAGGUGAUUUUAAAACUAAUCAAGGGUUAUGGAUUUGUCAAAUUUUAUAGGUGCAGUUUGGGGCCUUGCAUUAAUGUCUUUUAUUAGGUGAAGGGAUAAUGGGUUUUCAUGUUUCGCACUGUUUUGAGCGUAGCAACAUUGUUACUGUUUUACAUACUUUUAUAAUUUUAUAAAUAAUAAAAAAUAUUAAACUCCAAACUUUUUCCACAUGGGAUUGGGUCAUUCAUUCAUUAUUUUCUAUUACGUUUCAGCUUUGUGGUAAAUAAACCACUGAAAGGGUGAGUUUUUGCUUUUCAGAUAUACUGGUACACUUUUUUUGGUGAGCAGACAGACACUGUUGACAACUCUAUUCAACUCACUAGUUUACCCCAUUUGUGUUUAGUGGGCAUAUGGGGUUAUGCAGUGUUAGUUCUGUACAAUUUUCACAAACUUUUACAAUAUUUCAAGCCACUUACACAUGCAUAAAAAAAAAUCCACAAAAGAAUUGUAUUCAUUCAUUGCAAAUUUUAUUUUAUUAUCACUUAAGGCAACACAUGUGACGAUGGAAAAUCACACCAUAUACACAAUAUUAUCCAGGCAACAGGGUGAACUACAUAUCCAAACCCUCUGUCCAGAUUCAGAGGAGCACAAGGCCACAGUGGUCCUACAAA